AGGGGGGAAUGAAUGAAAACGAAAAAAGAAAAAAAAAUUGAUGCCGGUUCGUCAAUUUUAGAAUUUUGCUGUUCAAAUCAAUUAAAAUAAAAAGUGCUUAUAAAUUAAACUCGCAACUAAAAUGGCAGACGCACAAAAUCUGCUCAAGCUGAUCAAACAACUGCUGCUGGAGCGCGCCUACGAUGGCGUUAAAAUGCUCUUCCAAAGUCCCGUCGAGGCAGCCAAAAACUUGCCACUAAUGCCACACAUUGCGCUGGAAUUGUACAACGAUGUGUGUGCUCCGCAACUUAAUGAUGCGACAAAUGUGGGAAAUGCGCCGCUCUUCGACUGCUUGAAUGAGCUGCUCAAAAUCGUGGCCGAAUUUGCGCCGCUAGAGGAAUUCAUGCUGGAGCUCAUGGAGAAGAUUGAGGAGAGCUCCAGCAUAGCCAUCUUCUCGGCCUAUUUACGUGCGUUGCAAGUGGUGUUGUUGCGGCAGGGCAACAACAAGCCGCAGGCCAUCGAAUGGUGUCUCGCUUCAGUGGUGACGCGCGUGCGGCAGCUACAAUUACCGGAUUAUCUUCGCGAAGGCUACGACGAGCAGCAGGCAGAGCUGCUGGAGCAGGAACAGCAAAUUGAGCAGCUGCUGGCCCAUCACAUCACCAUCGAUCUGUGCUACGAGCCGCUGCUAAGCCAGCUGCAAGAGGAGCAACACUUCAAGGGCAUCUUUCGGGACUGCAGCUUGAAUAGACGCAACGUUUUCAUUUGCACGCUGAUGCAGCUGCUCGACAAACCGCUGGCGCUGCUCGAGCUGGGCAAUGCACCGCAACGACAACUGCAUCCAGCAACACGACGUUUAGCGGCCCCAGAACAUCGUCAGCCGGCACAGACGCAACGUAACUAUUUGCUAGCCCGCCAGAAAGCUGGACGGGCUCAGAGCUAUGUGCAGCAGGUGGUGACGAGUUUGACACGCAACAUUUGCCGUCUACUGGGCGAUCCCUACUGUCUGCUCUCGCUGGUGGAGCAGCGCACACGCUGGAAACGUCGCCUGAACGCCAGUAAGGGCGUCUACGAGAUGAGCAGCCACAAUCUGUUCCUGGUGGAUGAGAAACUGCCACUGCCCGCGCUGGGUAUGUUCUAUCAUGCGCUGUUCGUGGGUCAACUGCUGCCUGCCACCGCGCCCAAGAUUUAUGCCCCUCUACAUCUGUUUGAGGCGUCGCUCUACCUGGCAACUGUGCUUCUCGAGCAACCGGAGCCGGCGAUGCAGCAUUGCGGGUUGCGUUUGAGCGAUUACAUGCUGAGCAUACAGUUGGAGCCGCUGCCACAGAGCACACUGGAUCUGGAGGUGCACAAGCGUUAUUGCGAAGCUGUUUGCAAGAUCACCGGUUACUCGCCACAGGAGGCACUGCGUCAGACGGCGCUGCAGGCGCUGCAUCACUAUAUACUCGCUUUUGAGGACUGUGCCAAGUAUUUCAUACUGAGGAAUCUACUGGCCACACUGCAGCAUGACGGCAUCUUGGGUUACUUGACGGGCAUUUACAAGGAUCUGGUUGCAGCUGCGCUUAAACAACAAGAGCAGCCACUUCAUGAGGUCUACUGCGGCGCCAAGUUUCGCUCGCUGCUGCUGCAGUGCGUCUGUGUGCUGCCCGAGGAUGUCAAGUCGGAUCUACUGCUGCAUUCCGAUAGCUUAUCGAAUUCGCUUAACUUCUUGCGUUUCCUCGCGCUGGGCGACCUCAAAAAUCGCACUGGAUUUUGGGAUGUACGUGACGAGAUCGAACAGCGACUGCUUCAGCCGCUGGGCACCGCUUUGAACUUUUCGUUGGCCCAUUACAGAGCGUACAGAGAGCGUGUGAAGAACGGGCAAAGCGCUUCCGAUGAUGAGUUGAUGCAGAAGCAGCUCAACAUGCUCGCUGUCAACAUCAGCAACAGUGGGAUGGCGGGCGAAGGCGAUGGAACACUGCCGGACAUUGGACGCGAGGAGAAGCUUGAGGUGCUGGCGGGCUCCAUAACGGGACUAGAGACGCUGCGUGUGCUAUAUGCGCGUGCUUGCGAGAUUCUGGAGCAGAGCGACCUAAAGCGCAAAUUCUUGGCGUACAAGACUGUGGCCAUGGAGACGGAGCAAUAGGUGGAUGUUGAGCUGAGAAUGUAUGCGGAAAACGAAGCUGGAACUAGAAAAGAAAGCAAUUUUGCAGGAAGGAAUUUUGGCUGAAUGAAAUUUAGAAAUAGACCCAUAAGUUAAGCGGGAACUGUAGUUGCAUCUGUUUGUGAAAAUGGACCAUUGAUUAUUGAUUUGAAAUGGUUGUUGAAGUGAAGAUUGUGAUGAAACUUAUGCAGAAAAACGCAGUGGAAUUGGAAGAUGAACUAACAAUGACAAUGGAGAUAGGAAAGCAACCGUAACUUCAAAUAGCUCUAUAAGUUAAAAGGCAACCGAAUUUUUGAAAAUUGCGCGAUAAGUGAAGAAGGAAAACUUAACUGAAAAUAAAACUCUAAACAACUGAUGCAACUAACUAAAGAACAACUGACGCCUCUCCUCUAAUGAAUGAUAAAUGCGGAAGCAGCUCCUAAUUCUAAUCCUCAAACAGAUGUUUUAUGUGCAUAACGAAAGCGAAAUGAAAACAACUAUUUUUUAUGACAAAUUUCUUGUUUGUUGUUGCUUUGCAUUUGGAAUUAGUUUAAUAAUAUGUUUUUGGGAUUUCGGUUUCAUUUUCAUCU